CAGAGACAGGGGAGCGUGGAGGAAUGGGCUGGAGACCCCUGAGGCCUGCCCAGCCUCCCCAGCUCGGUGAGCUCACCCCUCAGCUUUUGGAAGGCAGCCUGGAGCUGGCCCUUGGGAGUGUGUGUUUACAUGUAAACACAUGUGUUACAUGGAUACAAUCCCUGGCCGGAAGCAGGCUCUACCCACACAGGCCUCCCUCUCAGUUAGGUCGGCUCACUGUGGGGAUGAAGAAAGAAGAGCGCUCAGGGCCGUGGCUGGGCACCAUCACAGGGCACUGGUUCCUGGCAGAUCCCACUUCUCCUCGCCCUAGGUCCUUAGGAACCAGCCCUGGAGGUAGUUGUAAGAAAGCAGCAGGCCAGACGGAAGGAGAGAGGAAACAGCAGCCAGCGGUGGAAGAGAUCAUCUGCUCUGGGGCUGGGGCAGGGAGGGUCAGUGGGUUCUAGGGGAGGAGGGCAAGGCUUCUGAACUCUGCUUUUGCCAACCACUUCCUGUCUCUCUUCAGCGGGGGUUCAACCCCCAGACUUCCAGAAAUGACGUCAGAAUCAUUUGCAUCCCGCUGCCUCUACCUGCCCGGUCCAGCUGGGACCCUGCCUCGCCGGCCCCAUGGCCAGAGGGUUGGAGGGGCGCUGCCCGGUGACCUACACAGACUGAGACAGGAUCGCCAUGAAUGGAGACCUCUGGAAAAGCUCAGGAGCCGAGGCCCAGGGGGCCCACCGGAGGCCCAAGGGGAGACCAUGGGAGGGGGCUGAAUCACAGCCUCCCGACAGCCCCCCAGUGCCCAGGCUUUGGAAGGGAGCUGGGGGCUUCCCAUCUCCUUUUGCAGGGGAGGGCUGUCAGUCGGCGGCGUGCGCACUGGGGGCACCUCAGCCCCCGCCAGCUAACCCCACAUCACCACCACCACCACCCCCAGCACCACCACCACCACCACCACACACAAAAAAAAUUGGAUACAUUUUGAAUAAAGCGAUUCGGUUCCUUAUCCGGGGACUGGGUUGCUCCGUGUGAUUGGCCGGCGGAGUCACAUGGUGAAAGUAACUUUACAGGGUCGCUAGCUAGUAGGAGGGCUUUAUGGAGCAGAAAAACGACAAAGCGAGAAAAAUUAUUUUCCACUCCAGAAAUUAAUGAUCAUGAGCUCGUAUUUGAUGGACUCUAACUACAUCGAUCCGAAAUUUCCUCCAUGCGAAGAAUAUUCGCAAAAUAGCUACAUCCCUGAACACAGUCCGGAAUAUUACGGCCGGACCAGGGAAUCGGGAUUCCAGCAUCACCACCAGGAGCUGUACCCACCACCGCCUCCGCGCCCUAGCUACCCCGAGCGCCAGUAUAGCUGCACCAGUCUCCAGGGGCCGGGCAAUUCGCGAGGCCACGGGCCGGCCCAGGCGGGCCACCACCACCCCGAGAAAUCACAGCCGCUCUGCGAGCCGGCGCCUCUCUCAGGCGCCUCCGCCUCCCCGUCCCCAGCCCCGCCAGCCUGCAGCCAGCCAGCCCCUGACCAUCCCUCCAGCGCCGCCAGCAAGCAACCCAUAGUCUACCCAUGGAUGAAAAAAAUCCACGUUAGCACGGUGAACCCCAAUUAUAACGGAGGGGAACCCAAGCGCUCGAGGACAGCCUACACCCGGCAGCAAGUCCUGGAAUUAGAGAAAGAGUUUCAUUACAAUCGCUACCUGACCCGAAGGAGAAGGAUCGAGAUCGCCCACUCGCUGUGCCUCUCUGAGAGGCAGAUCAAAAUCUGGUUCCAAAACCGUCGCAUGAAAUGGAAGAAGGACCACCGACUCCCCAACACCAAAGUCAGGUCAGCGCCCCCGGCCGGCGCUGCGCCCAGCACCCUCUCGGCAGCCACCCCGGGCACUUCUGAAGACCACUCCCAGAGCGCCACGCCGCCGGAGCAGCAACGGGCAGAGGACAUUACCAGGUUAUAAAACAUAACUCACACCCUGCCCCCACCCCAUGCCCCCAUCCUCCCCCUCACACACAAAUUGACUCUUAUUUAUAGAAUUUAAUAUAUAUAUAUUUUUUGGUUCUUUUCUCUCUUCCUCCCACCUUAUCCCUUGUCAAUUCCAAACUGACAAAACAGAUAAGCCCUCUGCCCUUCUCUCCCUUCCACUGUUAAGGACCCUUUUAAGCAUGUGAUGUUGUCUUAGCAUGGUACCUGCUGGGGUUUUUUUUUUAAGGCCAUUUUUGGGGGGUUAUUUAUUUUUUAAGGAAGAAAGCUGCAAAAAUUAUAUAUUGCAAGGUGCGAUGGUCUGGUUUGGGUGAAUUUCAGGGGAAAUGAGGAACAGAAAAAAAGGAAAGAGAUUUUUAAGCCAAUUCUCCUCCUUCUCCUCCUCCUCCUUCCCCCCUCUUUCCUUAGGCCUUUUGCAUUGAAAAUGCACCAGGGGAGGUUAGUGAGGGGGAAGUCAUUUUAAGGAGAACAAAGCUAUGAAGUUCUUUUGUAUUAUUGUUGGGGGGGGGGGCUGGGAGGAGAGGGGGGAAGACAGCAGACAAAGCUAAAUGCAUCUGAAGAGCCUCUCAGAGCUGUUCAGUUUGAGGAGCCAAAAGAAAAUAAAAAUGAACUUUCAGUUCAGAGAGGCAAUCUAUAGGUAGAACCCCCCCCCCACCAUCGUGGUUAUUGUGUUUUUGGACUGAAUUUACUUGAUUAUUGUAAAACUUGCAAUAAAGAAUUUUAGUGUCGAUGUGAAAUGCCCCGUGAUCAAUAAUAAACCAGUGGAUGUGAAUUAGUUUUA